CCUUCUUCUCCCUUCCUUCGUUCUGGUCUGAAAAACAAAACCCUAGAAAAGAAAUGGCGGACCAAAAUUUCGCAGAUCUGAUACCUCCAUACGACGGCAGUCUCUCCGCUCCACCACUAGACUCGAUCAUCUUCGACGAUUUUCCUAUGGAUGGCAAUUACAUCUACAAUCUCGAUGGAGCAGACGCCGACAUCGAGGACUUGGACUUCAUCUUCGACGAUCUCGACCUCCCUUCCGACACCGAAGACUUCUUCAACUCCUUACCUGCUCCGGUAGACCCUAUUCCUUUAGAUCCUUUCGCGAUCGCCAUGGAUCUCGCCAAUUCUUAUGAAUUCGAUCAGAAUUCGGGUGCUGAUGGAAUCUCCACUGUUGCAACGGUCGUUUCUUGCGAGGCUUCUGACGUGUCCAAAUUUCUUAACGUUUCGUCUCCGGAGUCUUCUCGUCAAUCGGGAAACAAGAACCCUGGUGGUGCUACUGCUAAUCGCGUUUUGGAAUAUCCUUCAUCGGGAUCCGAAACGCACAAAGAAGAAGUUUCUGAGAAGCCGGCGUCAUCACAGGGUUCGGGAAAUUGUGGGUCUAAUGUGUCUGAAGGAUUGAAUUGUUCGUAUUCUGAUUCUGCUAAUUGUGAUCGAUCUGCUGCUUCUUCACCUAAUCCAGUCAAUGAACCAAUUAACGGGGUUGUGGAUCCAAAAGUUAAAUUUGAAGAAGAGGGUACGAAUUGCUUGCUGAAGAGGAAGAAAGGAACUGAGGAGAACUUUGAGUCGAGGAUGAACAAGCUUAGGAAGUCACGUGGUAUUGAAAGCACCACCGAUUCACCUAAAGCGUCAACUGCAGCAAUCACUGACGAUGACGAUAAGAAGAAGGCUAGAUUGAUGAGGAAUCGAGAAAGUGCACAGCUGUCCCGUCAGCGUAAGAAACACUAUGUUGAGGAACUUGAGGAUAAGAUGAAGAAUAUGCAUUCCACUAUUCAAGAUUUGACAGCUAAAAUCUCAUAUAUAGUAGCAGAAAAUGCGAGUUUGAGGCAUCAAUUGAAUGGCGGGGCAAUGUGCCCUCCUCCAGUUGCACCUCCAGGUAUGUAUCCGCAUCCAUCAAUGGCGCCAAUGGGUUAUCCUUGGGGACCAUAUCCUCCAUAUGUAGUGAAACCACAAGGUUCUCAAGUUCCAUUAGUUCCUAUUCCGAGAUUGAAAUCCCAACAACCUGCAUCAGCACCAAGGACAAAGAAGUCUGAUAAUAAGAAGGCUUCUGAUGUCAAGAAGACCGAGACCAAGACUAAAAAGGUAGCAAGUGUUAGUUUUUUGGGUCUCUUAUUUUUCAUCAUUCUGUUUGGUGGAUUUGCCCCAAUAGUAAACCUGAAAUUUGGAGAAAUAAAGGGUUCUGUUUAUAAUUAUGGGGAAUCAUAUUAUCCCGGAAAUAAGUUUUAUGAUCAUAAUGGGAGGGUUUUAGCAGUCGGUAGUCAUGAUAAUGGUUCCCAAUCAGAUAUGGUUGGUGGACAUGAUUUUAUUGGAAAACUAAAUUGUAAGAAAGCAGCCUCAGCAGGUCAUUGUGUGGGAAGGUCAAAAAAUGAAACAAAAGAAGAAGAAUCAAAGCCCUCUUCCAAGUCUUCUGAUUUUGGUUUGCCAAGCAACUCUAGUGAUACUCUUUCUGCCUACUUGUAUGUCCCGAGAAAUGAUAAACUCGUAAAGAUUGAUGGGAACUUGAUAAUUCAUUCUAUUAUGGCGAGUGAAAAAGCAAUGGCUCAUAGCAGCAGAGAUGAUGGGAAGAUAGUUGGAGAGGAGACGGGUUUGGCUGUCGCCUCACCUCACACUCACACUCACACUGGAAGAAGUGUUGGAGUAAACCCACAUUAUUACAUGAGUGCCCCUGAAAGGAAAAUGGCACUUGGUUCUGGCCCGGGUGAGAAGGGUGAGCUUAAGGAUGGUAGAUUGCAACAGUGGUUCAAAGAAGGCCUUUCAGGUCCAUUGUUGAGUCCAGGCAUGUGCCAUGAAGUUUUCCAGUUUGAUGUGACACCAUCUUCUGGAGCCAUGGUUCCUGCUACUUCUGUUGUGAAAACUCCAGCAGACAAAGGUCAAAACUUGACACAGUUUGCCAAAGGGAGAAAUAGGAGAAUUCUGGAGAGUGUUACUAUUCCCCUUCCCGCAUCUAACAUUAACAUAACCAAGAAACCAAUGGGAAUCGAUCCAGAAAGCCUCCACAGCAAUAAAUCAAACUCUCCAAUGGUGGUGUCGGUUCUUGUUGACCCUAGGGAGGCUGGUGAUAUCGAUGGCGAAGGAGUAAUGGGGCCCAAGGCCCUUUCUCGGGUUUUUGUUGUUGUUUUAGUAGACAGUGUCAAGUACGUUACUUAUUCGUGUGGGCUUCCUUUUAAAGGAUCCAGUUCAUCUCGAGUGACUACUUGAGGAGUAAGACAGAGAGUGACUGAGGAGGACAAUAAAGCCAUGUGAUCCCAGUUUUGUACAUAGAUGAAAGGUAAAACUUUUAUGUUGCUUUUUAUACUACUAUUCUUAGAGAACUUAUUUAGUUGUUACCUAGUUAAGUUAUUAUAGUUUGGACUAAUACUAUAACUAACAACAUGUUGAGGUUUUCUUAGUAUGAAAUGUUUACAGUUGCACUUCAUAUAAUUUUGUAGUUCUUCAAUCUGGUAGGGAUCCAGUUUUAAGGGUUUUUUUUUUUCAAUAAGAAUAAUUAUUCAGAGACUCA